UGCAACACUCCAUUCGGGAAAUCUUCGCAGCCCUUGCUCGGUGCAUCAAGUGCGCUUGUCGCUGGGCAUGAAAAGCGCACCCGAUCUCAGGCAAACAAUGCUCGCCGGCUGGGAGCGUUCGUCGCUGCUGCCAGCAUCAGCGGCAACGUUUGACGUGUCUGUAAAGCAGCACCACUUUGAGAGCUGAAGCGAAGUACUGCUAUAACAAAGGUGCAAGAUCCUUCGAACAGGGGAGUGACAUAUCGAAUCUGGAGGCCAUCGAGCUGCAACGCAUGCUCCAGCUCGGACUGCAUCCAAGGAUCUUCGUUUGCGAUGGACCAUCCAGCUGUGCCUCUCGUAAGUGGUGGGCCCUUCUCUGCCAACGAUGGCGACACCGGCAGUCUCACAGCUCAGGACGAGGUGUUUCUGCGACAAGAGCAGAUUCAAAAUCUUUCUGUAUGCUCUACGACACAGCGAGCCUCGCCUCAGUCCGGGUCAGGUGAUGGCACUCCGCGUGAUCUCGAACGACAGACAUCCUCUCGUAUUCGAUCAGGGUUGCUCUCUCGAGCUGCAUCCGAAGCAGAUGGUCGGCGAAGGGCGUCUGGUAGAACGCCACCACAUUCGCAGUCAGCAACGUCCUCCAUCUAUGCUUCGGCAUCGGCCUCCGAGAGCGAUGGCGGUGGCAAUAGCUCAGGCUGGUCAUUGCCUUCUUCGCGACACGGGAGUAACGCGGGGUUCAGAACUUCCGUAACUGUUCAAACCUCUCCGCCAGGAGUGUCAAGUCCUACAGCGAUGGGCUUUGGUACGUUGAGCUUGGCAGAUCGUUUCGUUCAGCAACAGUAUCAACACCAGCAACAACCAGGCUCACUUCAAAGUAGCACCUUGCGAUCUCCCUUCAGCGAGGAUUCUGAACCACCAUCAGCGGAAUCACUGCAGUAUGCGCCAUCUCUGACGGGCUCACUAUCUGCCCCAUACAGCCAACCAAGUGGGAACAUCUCAAUUCAUCAUAACGAUAGUGGUAACCUUAGCGAAGGUUCAUCAAGCCUUGGUCGCGCCAAAUCAGUCAGCAGCGUCAGCAGCGUGACCUCCACGAGCAGCCUAGAGGCAGUGCCCUUCAGACAGGCACCGCUAGGCAAUGUCAGAGCAGGAUAUAGCAGAGGUCAUGCAGGCGCUGGAUGGGAUGGCUUGGGCUCAGCAGGGUUGCCCUUGGCACCCAUGUCAGCACCACUGGCGGGAUCAGAUGGGGAAGUGUACAACAACUUUUCGAGCGCAUCCGAAAUGGUGCAAAUGCCAGGGACAGAUGCUUGCGGACCCAUUUCGAAGAUUUUGCCGCCUAGUGCCGCUGCCGUUGGUGGUUCUCUGACAGCAUCGAAUGCUCGACCGCGACUGCUUCCCAAGGCUACUCAGCAUGACUGGCUUUACAGGAAUGCCCCAGGCUUAGCAGUACCCGGGAAACCUGGCCGCAUUGCUUCAACGAGCAGCCUCCGGUCCAAGCUGGUGCGAGGAGCUGAGAGGCUAGGCAUCAAACCGCUCACGACUUUACCGCUACGAGAUGCUGGACCAGCUGCAGCGUACGCAGGUUUGCUCGAUGCCGCUGCCUCCUCGCAGGAUUUUCCGCAAGGCAAUGGUCUUCCAACAAUGCCAGUCAGCGAAAGCCCGAUUUCACCCCCUCUCAUAACCAGCUCUGUGACAAACGCGCCGCUGCUUGUUCCAAAAUUGCCGCUGUUGGAUCUUCAAUCCAUCCAUGCGGUGUCAUUGUCAGUGGAUUCCUUGUCUGGCCCAGGUCAAACCAGCGGUCGCUCAGAUGAAUCCGCGAAUGCUGUGGAAGACUCUCAUGCAUUCAUCCCGCGGAGGCCAGUGCUUAUCAACUCAGCUAGCGUUGACCACAUCAUGACUUUGCAAGAGGCGACUUGGCGCGUGACUACUGCUGUGGAAAUCAUGAAGGACGCCGGCAUACCAGUGGUAGAUGAUGAUGCUGCCGAUCUAGAGGUAGACAAUUUACUGCGGACACCGACACGCUUCACACAUUCGUUCGUGUUGCCCCCUCGGGAGACACCAGCCUCCUCAAGUCUAGGUACCAUCAUCAGUACAGCGGCCGUAACUGCAACAGGGGACUUCGCAAGUGGUCCUCUUCUGCGCAAGCGGACUCCGGCAGAGCAGGUGAAGUUCGAGGCUCAGACGGGUAUCGCAAAGCUCGAAGACCCAGUCGAAGAGAUUUCAGCAAUGCAGCCUGAACGUGUUGCCGUCGCAUCAGCUCCAGAGGAUUCUGUUACAAUGUUCACCGCGAACGGAGCUGCUUUCCCCCCUUCCAGCACCAAUGCUCAGCAGUCAAUUAGCUCAUCAUCUCUGACGACGAUAGUGGCCGACCAUAUGGCCGCUGUUACUGCUGAGUCCGAUCAGAUGGCCGUCGGUGCUCCAUUUGGCCAUUCCCACUUGCGUCAAAUGUCGUCGUCUCCUGUUCAGCACCUGACCAUGGCCCCUGCGCAACGCGACCGCGCUUCGAGCUCGGCCAGCUCAUCAAAGCGGCCGCCAUUCUUACGCGCGGCUACUGUUGAGAGUGUUCGGAGCAUUCGCAGUGCAGGGAGCCGUAACUCUGCGGCCUUGGAAAGGGACACGUUGCCUCGAUUGGCUAAACAAGAAGAUAUAGGAGGCCGAAGUCCAAGGUUAUCAGAUGCGGGUUCGAUCGGUGUGAUUCCCCUGGCCAUGUCGCGCGAGGCUUCCACAGGUGGAUUGAGUACAGCAUUUUCUCAAUCGCCGAGCCAUCAAUUGAUGCCACCCGUCGGCUCCGUUGGAGCGGCGAUUACGACCUCACCAGCUGGGACGACCUUAUCAAAUUACAGUCCAUUUGUUCGACCGAUAAGCGUUGUUAGUGGGAUUAGUGCUGUCAGUGACAAGGCGCUUUCCAAUGCUACAUCCGGUGAGAAUUCUACGACAGCUCCAGCGCCGACUCACCCUGCUUCGUCGUCCGGCCGGUCCACCCGCGGCCCACAAGACUUUGACUUCGGCGAAGUGCUAGGCGAAGGAUCGUACUCAACCGUAAUCCAAGCCUGGGAUCUUCUUUCCAACCGUCGCAAGGGCCAAGAAAACGACCAUGAGCGCCUAACAUCGUCCUCGGCGGCACAGGCCAUUGCUGGGGUACAACGUUCUGAACGAUCGAGCUCAAGAGAAGGCAAGAAAGUUUAUGCGAUAAAGGUGCUCGAUAAAGUUCACAUCCUGAAGCAGAAAAAGCAGAAAUAUGUCGGCGUUGAAAAGGAGGCAUUGAGCCUGCUCAUUAAGCUUCCCGGAGUAGUCACUCUUUUUUGGACUUUCCAGGAUCGGGAUAGUCUUUACUUUGUCCUUGAGCUGGCGGAGAAUGGCGAGCUCCUCUCUUUCAUCAAAAAGCUUGGCUCUCUCGAUGAGACCUGUGCGCGUUAUUACGGCGCCCAGCUACUUGAUACCAUUGACGGCAUACACAAAGCAGGUAUUUUGCACAGAGACAUCAAGCCGGAAAACAUCUUGCUCGAUUCGAAAAUGCGUAUUCGCAUCACCGAUUUUGGCUCGGCAAAGAUUCUCUCGAAAGGUGCUGAUGGCGAGCCAUUAGAAGACGAGCGCGCGAGCAGCUUUGUAGGGACCGCCGAGUAUGUCAGUCCCGAGCUCCUAACGGACAAGGCUGCUACACGGAGCUCGGAUUGGUGGGCCUUUGGGUGCGUGCUCUACCAGAUGCUUGCUGGAAGGCCACCAUUCAAAGGCGUCAAUGAGUACCAGACGUUCCAAAAGAUCCUCAAACGCGACUUCGAAUUUCCGGACACCUUUCCCACCCUAGCCAAGGAGUUGAUUGAAAAGCUGUUGGUGCUGGAUCCUGUGCAGCGGCUGGGUGCGUCACCUGGUGACUUGCAGACGAUGCGAGACCACGCAUUCUUCGAACAAGAAGACUUCACCCAGAUUUGGACGAAGCAAGCCCCUGAGCUCAAAGUCGGCUUGUAUGUUCGCCCACCAGCGCCGGAACCGGCGACUUUCGACUUCUCGGAGGAUGAAAGCGAUGGAUUGGCGCCAGACUUUCAGCAAGCUUCUCUCACUUCACCCAAGGAGAACUCGCUGCAUAGCACUGCAGAGGAUGCUGAUGCUUCUGACGACUCUGGAGACCCACCGAGUGGAUCCCCUUCGCAUUCGUCCGAGAAAGCCUCUCGGUCUGCCGAGAUGCUUCCAAGAGGGGCAGGGACGAAACAACCGGACCUCCCUCACAAGCGAUCUACCCUAUCCAUGCAGUCAAGCUCUUCAAGUGCAGACAUGCCUCCCGAAGGUCCUUCGGACGAGCAAGUAAACAUGCCUGGCCGGCUACUUCAUCGGCUUAGUCAAGGCAUCCCACCAAUGCCGCGACAGUGCAGCAAUUGGAGCGCGUUGCUGCUGCCCCGCGAAAGCCUUCUGCUUUCUGCUCCAGUCAUUCAAAGAAAAGCUGGAGCUGGGCAAAUUUUCAGCAAACGGCGUCAGCUUGUCCUCACGAGCUUUCCGCGACUUUUAUGCGUAAAAGAAAGUGCUGCUGCUCUCAAGGUGAAGAGUGAGAUCAUCCUUUGUCCGCCCACAUCCAACGCAGAAGGUCCCGGUAUUACGGUCCCUCAAGCAGAUUCGCAACGCAAGCAUAGCGCAACCCAGAAUACGGUGACAUUGGUUGAGGCAAAGGGCCAGCGUGCAUUUGCAAUCCACACGCCACUACGCACGUACAUCUAUGAAGAUCCAAGUGGUGAUAAUUCACAUUGGUUACGCUCCAUUCGAGGGGCAAUGACACUAUGGACAGCAUGACAAGGGGACAAUCACACUAACGAACAUCAAAGUCUUACAUUGUACAUCAUUGCAAUAGAUACAUGCGGGUUCGGUUGCAAGAAAGCAACAU